UUUACAGGCGAACCCUAUUGCGGUGGAAAAGGCUAAAUUGUAUAUGAUUCACUGCUGGAAACUAUAUCGGGAACCGACUGUCAAUGCUAAUAACAUGGAUACGUUGGACAGCCUAUUUUCAAGUGAUGAAGAGCACGAUGCAACUGCUUCUGCUGGGAAUUUCCCAACACAAACCCGUACCCCCAAAAAACCUACCAAUAUAACCAAAGUAUCUUCUCCUUUAUCACAACCGAGACAACGUCAUCCACCUAGUUCAGCACGACAAUCAUCGAAAAGGGUAAGCAGCACUUCCAAGCCCACACCAACUCAAACACCUUCCGUGGAGGAAGAGGAAAAGAAUCUCGAAGACAAUCAUAUUAUGACGGACUCCAAGGAAGAAGUAUCACCACCUAUUAUAACGAACAACAACGACUCAUACGAAAGUACCACCGAAUCACCAACUGAAGAUCACUCCACGAGGACUGACUCGGUUGAGAACCUUGCUGCCACCGAUGCUAGCGCUUUUUCUCACACAGAGGAAACGAACGCAGUUCCUGAAGCCAGCACAGUCGAUCUCGCCGAGGCUGAUGAUGAUUUUAUCACAGCAGCAAAACGUAAACGGAGAAGAACCAGGGGUGGUGCAAAACUUCAACGCCAAAAGAUGGCCCAGAUGGAGCAAUGCAAUUCUGCCUCUGAUCAAUCACAUGUAAAGAAACCCACUAGGAAAACUUCAGAUGAACAAUACACUUCAUCAGGACCAAAAUCAAACCCGAAAGCGGGAAAUGAAAAAUUUACACAUCGUCAUAACCAUCAUUCUCAGGCGCAUGAACCCGUUCGUACUACUUCUAAAUUGUCUCCCAAAUUGACCUCCGUUAGUUGCGAAGACGUUGUGUGUGACGACGUUCAAGGAACGCCUAAGUCGUCGCCUCGAGUAUCAAACACCAAUAUCACCUAUGCUAAUGUUGCUGCCAGUACAUCGGCUCCUAGCCCUGUUGCCGAGCAACGCACCGCCGCAGUGAUCUCAUCACCACAAUCACCAGUUUCUCCUGCACUAUCCCAAUCGUCAGUUGUGUCCAACAAUGAAAAACGGCAAAGUUGGUAUUCACCCUUUUCAUCUGGCUUGGAGCUUGACAUUGUACCGCGGCCACAACCAUCCUUGUCUUCAGAGUCGGUCCUCUUUAGCGGUAGACCGGUGUCUAUGGGAUUCGAUGCAAAGACAGGCAAUUAUCAACAUCCCGAUGUCCUUAAUGCCCUUUUUCGAGGAGGCGAAGGCUUUCUCCCUACUAAAGGAAAUGCUCUUGGACUAGUACCAAAGUUUGAUAACAGCGAAAUGCGACCUAAUCUUCCCGAACACCCGAUUGCGUCUGCACCUUAUCUGCGCUGGGAUUUAUAUAACAACACCAGGACACCUAUCGCUCCACCUUCUUCGGCAACGGAACGACCAUUGAGUAUGUUCAACGCAAAGUCUCAACAACCAUGGGAUAGUCUGCUUUCGCAAGAUGAAUUGGAAGUUCGUCACCCCCGACAUAGCUGGGGUGCGAUUGGGAACGUUGAAACAGAGGCGUGGUCGACACAACCAUCACCCAUUCAACACGAGCGUAAAAAAAGCAACAGCGGAUUCUCAUUUUUUGAUAGACGGCUUUCAACCUUCUCACCUCGUCGAUAACUUAACAGUUUCGAGACUUACUUUUCUCAAUUUUGGAUUUUCCUCCAUUCACAAAUUAUUUUCACGCAUAUAUUCAAUUUGAUUUCUGUCAGUUGUAUUGGUUUCGUUAGAUCUGGAAAGUAAUGUUUUUUGUUGUUGUCAUUUUUAGCAUCGUCUUUCCCUUCAUUCUUUCAAGCACUGUACAAAGGUUCAUGAAAAAUACAAGACUGCAUUCAGUCGAGCAGCAUAAAUUUGCAUUAA